AUGUUCCAUCGAAAUUGCAUUGAGACUGUCGAUCGCUCCUUUCGCGACUUGAUGCAGACCGACCGGUCCUUCGGAGGAAAGUUCAUCGUGCUCGCUGGAGACUUUAGACAAAUCCUUCCCGUCGUUCCGGGCGGGUCCAGAGCACAAAUCCUGAGCGCGUGCGUCAAGGUUUCUCCGCUGUAUCGAGAGUGCCGAUUCUUGUGCCUUACCGAGAACAUGCGAUUUGCUGCUCUCCGAGCGGACCCUGCAGCAGAUGUGGAGGCUCUCAACUUUCCAGAGUUCCUCCUCAGCGUCGGGGAAAGCAGACUCCAAGGCGAACAGUGCCCGGAAUGGAUCUCACUACCACAGUCCGUAGCGUUCGAGCACACCAUCCGCAAUUUAUGCGUCAAGGUCUUCCAAGAGAUUCGAGACAAUCACGCCGACCCUGCCUGGCUCACCAAGCGCGUUAUACUCACCACAAUGAACAGGCCGCUCGAGGAAGUCAACGAGGUCAUCGGAAACAUGAUUCCGGGACCGUAUCGAACGUAUUUAAGCGCAGACAAGGUCGAGAACGAAGACACCAACGCGGUGAUCUAUCCCACAGAAAUGCUCAACAACUUGACCGCCGGGUCUGCUCUACCAGACCACAAGCUCAAGCUCAAGAAAGUUUUCAUCGUCAUGCUUCUGCGCAAUCUCGAUCCCACUUCCGGUCACGUCAACGGCGCACGAUAUGGCAUCGAGAAAAUGACCAACAACCUACUCUUUCUACGCGUUACCACGGGGUCACAUGAAGGCAACAGACUCUGCCUUCCACGAAUGCCCUGCGGACCAGGCGACGACAACUUUCCCAUCCCUGGCUUUACUCGAACGCAGUUCCCCAUUCGCACGUGCUUCGCCAUUACAACGAACAAAGCCCAAGGCCAGUCCUUCGGUGGCCGCAUUGGUCUCGACCUACGAGAUCAUUGCUUCUCGCACGGUCAACUCUACGUCGCAUUAUCGAGGACAACUCACCCAAGCAACGUCACUAUCCUCACUCGAGAGUUCGAUGCAAAAACGCGAAACGUAGUGUACCCCGAGGUCCUUCAGUAG